GGAGGCAAAAAUCGCCGUCGUGGAAAGAACGAAAAUGAUGAUGACAAGCGCGAGCUAGUGUUCAGAGAAGAUGGACAGGAGUAUGCACAAGUUAUCAAGAUGCUUGGAAAUGGUCGUCUAGAGGCGCAGUGCUUCGACGGAGAGAAGCGGCUAGCGCACAUUCGAGGAAAGAUGCGGAAAAAAGUCUGGAUUAAUCAAGGCGAUAUCGUCUUACUGUCCCUACGAGAUUUCCAGGAUGACAAGGCAGAUGUAAUUGUCAAGUAUACCGCGGACGAGGCUAGAAAUCUCAAAGCAUAUGGCGAGCUGCCAGAGAACGCCAAGAUCAACGAGACAGAUGCAUUCGGUGAAGAAGAUGGAGAGUGUACAUUUGAGUUCGGCGACGAAGGAGAGGUGGACAUCGAUGAUAUCUAG